AUGGCUUCCACAAGUUUCUUCUUGUCCAUGUCUGUCCUCCUUUUGUCUUUGCUAGUCAUUGCUUCGGCUGCCGAUUAUGGCUAUUAUGUCUCUGAGCCACACAAUGUUUCUCCUUCAACACCCACAUCAGAAAAUGAGUAUAUCCCUAAACCAGACUCUGAACUUGCCAAACCUCAUCAUCCAAAACCCAAAUAUGACACCACCAAACCAGAAUCUGACUACGUCAAGAGUGAUGUUAAUGAGUAUGGUCAAAAACCCAAACCAGAAUUUGACUACGUCAAGAGUGAUGUUAAUGAGUAUGACCAAAAACCCAAACCAGAAAAUAACUACAGCUCAAAACCUUAUUCUGACACAAAGAAACCUGAAGAUGGGUAUACCCCAAAAUCAGACUCUGAUAAGUCGGGCUACGGUUAUAGCUUGAAAUCGGAAAACCCACUCCAAAUUGGUGUUGAAGGGCUUGUUCUGUGCAAAUCAGGCUCCAGCUAUGUCCCUGUUGAAGGAGCCAUGGCUAGGAUAACAUGUUCAGCUAUGGACCAGAAUGGGUACGAGACAACACCUUUCUCCUGCCUGACCAGUGCAACUGAUGCAAAAGGAUACUUUUUUAAGACACUGUCUCUUUUUGAUCUUUUUGACAAUUUAAAACUCAAAGACUGCAAAGUUAAUCUCGAAAAAUCUCCAUCGGAAACCUGCAAUAUCCCUACAGAUGUUAACAAGGGCAUUACUGGUGCUGUCUUUUCUUCUUACCGCAUCCUGCAUGAGAAGAAGAUCAAGUUAUACUCUGUUGGGCCCUUCUUCUACACUUCGGAGUCUAAAUCAACUCCUGCUGGUUACUGAAAAUUUACUUU